AGAGGACUUGUUAAAUGAAAUAUACGGCUAUAACGCUGAAUAGCUCAUUGAACGAACAGGAAGUCAUAUCUAUAAGGGGAUUACGCCUUUGUAAGCCUUUGCUAAUUUCCUUUGUUGCUGGAAAGCUGAUCAAUUUUAGGCGAUUCCUAGUUUUGAAUUCCUCAUUGCAACCAACAAACGACUCGCACCGAGGACCUUUUAGAAUGAUUCCUUCCAAAGUUCAAAUGUUAACAAGCGCAAUUGGAAGCCAUCCCACCGUUCGCGUUAUCCAGCGGAAACUCAACUUUGCAGGGUGGUCUUACAGAAGACUUAGCUGCGAUGACCAAGAGGGACUGGAACCUCUUAAAGAUGGCCCCUUUUUGCAACGUGAGACGGAAAAUUAUAGGGAAGAAACGUUCCAAUAUAGCAAAUUACACUGUAGUGAAAAUAAUGAUAUUUUGGAGGGAGUGAAAAUACCACGAAAAGGACACAAGGCUCAAGAAAGCAACUUAGAGCUAUGCCUCGUAAGAUCUUCCAGCAAGGGAAGCUCAAGGGAGGAGAAACAGGUUUGUGUUCCCCAUGAAAACCGAAAAGCACAUGUCAUGAUGGAGCCGCAAAAUAUCUCGAAUAUCCAGACUGGACGAUUCCAGCGCAGCGAAAAGCUCUCUCAUAAAAUGCUAGGCACUUCCCCUGAGGUUAGAAAACAACAAACUUCCAAAACGGUCGACGAAGAACUAACGCCUGCGGACUCUGACGCUUUUGAGAGUUUCUGGAGAGAAACCGCAGACCCCUCUCCAAGAGUGGAGAAAAAUAGACACGCAAAAAAAUUUCAAAGUAAAAAACUGCAACUUGAGUCGGAAAUUUUUAAUGACACCCAAUGUCUUUGUGACCAAAAGAAGAAUUACUCUUCUGGAGUAGUUGACAAGUUAUCAGACGCAAGUGAAGCAGGCAAAAAAGAGCUGGGAGUUAUCUCUGACGAGAGAAAAUCAUAUCAGGAAAAAAGUGUCCGGAAAAUGGACGCCAGAAAUAAAAACUAUGGAAGACGUUCAUGCUUUGGUAGCUCGAAUAACUGUCUGGGAAGAGCAAAGAGUCUAAAUUCGCUAUUCAAACCACCAGGAUUCUGUUACAGCAAACUGGGUGAGAAAGAGAAGGAUAAUCCUAAGGUUAAAAAGAGGCCUCAAACAGUAAAGUCAGCUCAAAAAGAAGGUCAGUUGGCUAAGUCGCCGUUGGAGCGAGUACCCAGUUGGUGGGGUGAUAAACUUGCCAAAGAAAGACUUUCCCAACGGCGCUCCGCCGUAUGCGACAACAUUGAGAAGCAACUGAGGGACCAGUAUGGUAUCAGCUUACGUAACUUAAGGAAAAAUUUAGUAAUGGAGGAAGUCCUGCGAGAAUGCGAAUUGAUAUGAACCUAAGCAACUUCAUAAUGACCUUGCUCACCACAGAGUCUCUGUGGCUCAGUGGUACAGCAUCGGAGCGCGGAAUCCGAAGGUAUGGAACCGGAAUUCGAAGGUAUGGAACCGGAAUCCGAAGGUAUGGAACUCGAUUCCUCGUGGGAACUCAGAACUUUUCUUGUCCCACGCUCAUGAAAAGACGAAAAAAUUUUUUUACGUACUUAAGGAAAGCAGUUAAAACUACUCUUAUAAACUGCUUAAUAAUUUACAGAGAAGUACUUUGCCGCCAUAUCUUAGAUUCCGCGAAAAACCCGUCAUGUAAUAGGUCAUAGAAAUGGCCAUGCGCAGGAGUUUCAGAUAGACCUUAGACAAUACAACAGUGACAACUCCCCUUGCAUGGGCGUGCUUCAAUGACAAUUUACUGUGAUAGCUAACGAAACAAAAGUAAGUUAUUAAGGCUGACUAAGAGGAUGACGAAAAAGCUCAUCGUAAAAUUUUUUCACCUAAAUUUAUCUAGAGACUAGCAAAGCUUUAUUUCAGGUGGUAAAUUAUCCCAUAUAUUAACAACGCUAUAGGAAAAGGAUCGCUGCCCUCUUCCAUAAUAAUGGAAUAUAUAAUUGUUGCGAGUCUUUAGUCGCCCGCCCAGUUAUGUUACCUCUAGAGAUAACUUUGUCACCUAGAUUCUCUGGGGCCAUGCCCUCCAUCCUUUUAAAUGUCAUAACUGCAUCUAAAAUAUACACUGUUUUGAUCAAAAAUAAGACACAAACAGCACUGAUAAACAUAUUGAAAUUGCACAUAUGCAUUUUGAUUAUGACUUG